ACCCCACAAAGAAUCCGGGUGGCAUACCAUCACAGCACAGCAUUAAUUAAAGCUGAUGCUGUGGCCCAAUGAGUGUGAAGUGUCGUUUCGGUGUGAGGUCAUCAGCAUUCUGCACUCGUUAUUCUCAGCCUGUAAUGAAGAGGAUGGCCAUGGGCCCUGGACUAUCUGUCUGUCUGUAUGUAUGUGUGGAGGUGAGAGGAGGCUGGGCCUGAGGGAGAUGAGGAGGGACGCACGAGUGGGCGUGUCCUUUUAGGGAGGGCUCGAGGAAUGCACUGUGCACUACUGAGGGAGCGUUGCGCGGAGCUGUGGGCAGGAGGCACUCGGAUCUGUGAAUCCAAGCAAACCUGCUUCGCGAUUGGAUUUGCGCUGGGAAAGAAACUCAAAGCUUGCCGGUUACCUUUCCUGGAGGAUAUUAUUGGAUACACAUUCAUUUUCUUGAUAAAGGAUUGUCUUCGGAUUGACUUUUUCUUCAUACGUUACAUAUUUAGACUUUCGAAGGUUUAAACAGGUGUAGGUUAACGUUACACAAGAUCAAAGCUGUUCGUGUUUUCCCUUCAUUUUGUGAGGUUUUCGUGUUUAUAAAGAAGGAAAACACGUUUAUGCUGGAACUAGUCUGAUUAUUAAAACUUCCGGGAGCCUUCUGGUGGUAGUUUCUCUGUUUUUGGAUUACAGUCGUUUUUAUUGACCGGAGUGUUGUCAACAUCUCUUCAUCGUUUCAUUGACAUUUUGGGUUGCCCUGACAGACACACUCAUUCCCUCCAAAUGAAGAUCUUGCUGAUGUUGCUUAUACCACAGAUGCGAGAUCAGAAGGCGACAGGCACGAUGCCGCAAGGAGGAGAUAUUUAGAACCAAGCCAUCUCCUUCAAGAAAGACCUAAGGAAAUAGUCUUUCACCUUCCAGAGCAACUUGUAAGAACAUUUGUGCACUUUUGGGUGCAUCGACACAAGCAAAAGAAGAGAGGUGCAUUUAAAUUGUCACCUCCUCUGAACACCUCAACAUGUUUGCCCCAACAACAGCCCUGCCUCCUCCACCUGCCCACUUGACAAGAAGUGCACUGCCUGUGCCUGGGGCGCCACCUACAGGUCCUUACACAGAGCACGACCUACUACGACAGGAGUUAAACUCUCGGUUCCUGGCCUCACAGACGGUUGAUCGAGGGGGGGCACUGGCUCCUCCGGCGUGCCUGCGAACUGAGUUCCAUCAACACCAGCACACACACCAACACACGCAUCAGCACACAUUCACACCCUUCCACCCCUCCGUCAUGCCCAGUCCAGCUGCACCACUGGUGCGUACCCCUGCUAGACAAUUCGACAAAUACCCAGCAAAAGUGGACACCUUUCAUAGACAUGGUUUGGUUCCGUCCUAUCCAUCAGUAAUGACUGGAAUACCUCCUGUGGUUCCACCUGCUGGAUCAUUCAGCUCUCUCCAGGGAGCUUUUCAGCCCAAGGCUUCCAACCCACUAGAUGUGGCGUCAAGACCUGGAACAAUGUCACACCAACAUUUACAGAAAGAGUCGAGACUUUUGGAUCCCAUGUGUACUAAAGCAAAGAAACCUGGGAAGUGGUGUGCAAUGCAUGUGCACAUUGCGUGGCAGGUUUACCAUCAUCAGCAAAAAAUGAAAAAGCAAAUGCAAAUUGAGCCACAUAAGCUAGACUUUGGGUUUAAACCUGAGUUUAUGAAUCGAUCACUUGCUUCGAGCUUCAUGGGACUGCAGCCGCGUGAUUUACCUCGCCCUGCUACCAUCCUCUCUAAUGCAGGUCCCACACAUCCUUCAGUUUCCCCCUACGGACCACCCUUACCACAUGGCCCAAGUAAUCUCCACAGUCUCGUCCCCCAUCCCGAGCCUCUUAACAAGCCACCCCCCUUUGGAGGUCUAACUGCACUAGGCGUGUCUGCUUUUGGAGGACUAGGAAACCCAACGCUUACACCGAAUGCAUCCCACGCCACUGCUGGUGGGCCACAGGAGCCCUGGAACCGACUGCAGCAAACUCCAUCUUCAUUCCCGACACCCCCUCUGCGUCCGAGGUCUUCUGAACCAGAAAGGGUUUCAUCCAGUUUGGACCGAACUACUAAUAAGAAGGACUCUCUGGUCAAAGAUGAUCAGGAACGGUUUGUGGAGACAAAAGCAAAAUCAAAUGGGAGAAAUUCAUCCCCCAUCAUACACAGCACGUUGGAUAACAAACAAUCAACAGAGAUGCUUAAAGCUUCCUCUCCAGAUCACCCAAAAGACGACGAACGGCUGAGAGAGAAAACGCAAACGCAAGAGCUUCCGCAACAGACGCGAGAACCCAAGGAUCAGAGAAACACAGAGAUCCAAAGUGACAGAAGAGAGAAGGAUGUAAAAUCUGAGCAGCAACCUGAUGAAGAGAAGCCAACAGCAAAGGAAAGCUCAUCACCGAAGCUGCAUAAAGAUGAUCUAAAGAGGCCGAACAAUGACGUCCAACCCUGGGAGCCCCCUGAGAAGAAGGUCAGAAUCGAGUAUGAAAAGUGCAGCAAGGUGAGGAUCAAGGAGGAAAAGAGAGAUGACCAGGAGUCAGAUGUUAUACAUCAGAAGAGUGUGGAGAAACCAUGGCAGGGUCCCAGAACACCUGGUAUAAACCCUUCACCUCUCUCUGCUCUUCCUAUGCCAAUGGGAAUCCCAGGUGGACAUCCCAGCCUCGACAGACAUCCCAGUAUCGACAGACAUCCCAGUAUUGACAGGGCUCGUCUGCUCUCACCCUUCCUGGGAAUGGGUCCAUUACCAGGAGCCGAGAGGCUGCCUUACUCCCCGCAACAUUGGGAAUCCAUGAGGAACAUGUAUAGGGGAUUAGAUCUCCCUCGAAGAGACUCUUUGGGAAAAGAACUCUUGAUGAGAACCGACCCACUGCAGCGCGCCAUGAUGGGUCACCCUGCUUACCCGAGGGAGACGUUUUUACAAUCCAUAGCAUUGGAGCACAGGAGUCAACAGGAGGAGCGGCAGCGCCUGGCUCUCCUGCGUGAGGACAGCGAGAGGAGUCGCCUGCUGGCCAUGCACCAAAUGGCACUGGACCCCCACCUGGCUCCACCAGGGUUCCUUGCGUCACCCUACCCGAGCCCCGGGAUCCCGCACGGCCCACAUUACAGGACUCUACCCGCUGCUUAUCUACAUGCCCCACCACACCCACUUUUCCCAAUGCUGGCUGUACGGUCAGGGUCACCGAGACGAAUGACCCCUCUUACAGACAGGCCUGGUUUCCCGCACAGAGACGCUGAGGCUCGGUGA